AUCUGUAAGAAAAGUUAAAUAAAAUCUCAAAAGGUUUAAAAAAUGUUGACAAUAAAGCGGGUUUAUUUGAUCAAGCAGCUAGUGGCUACUUCAGUAUCAGGAUUCCUAUCACUAUGCGGAGGUCUAGCGUUUGGCUUUAGUGCAGUUCUCUUGCCCCAACUAAAAGCAGAUGAAAAUUACCCAUACGAUGAAAAUUACGUCUCUUGGAUUGCGGCAAUGACUCCACUUUCAAUGGUCCUCGGCUGUUUGUGCGCGGGAUCAAUAAUUGAUAGAAUAGGAAGAAAGAUGGGACACAUAAUUCUGGCAUUUUUCUUCGUCAUCAGCUGGACUGUACAAGCCUUCGCCAGCAACAACCCUGUUAUGCUCCUCGGAAGAUUUUUGACGGGACUAUGUUCUGGAGCAAUAAGACCUAUAACUUUAGUAUAUUUAGGAGAAAUUGCCGACCCAAAAUACAGAGGAUUAAUGUUAUUUAGUCCAUCGUUAACAUUAUCUCUGGGAGUUGUGAUAAAUCAUGCACUAGGAGGUUUCGUUUUCUGGAGAACGAAUGCUCUAAUAUGCAAUGCACCUAGUAUUAUAUCAAUUGUCCUGCUGUUAGUUUUAAAAGAAAGUCCUUUAUGGUUAAUAGCCAAAGGAAAGAUAGAUGAAGGAGUAAAAGUUUUUAAAUGGUUUAGAGGUGAUACUGAUGAAGCGGAAAAAGAAUUGAAUUUGAUAUUAGAAAAACAAAAUGAAAAGAAAGUAGAACUCACUGUGAUGGAUUAUUUUAAAAUAGACUUUAUGAAGCCGUUAUUGAUAACUUUCUUUCUGUCUGUCUCGAUGCAGUUCAGUGGUGCUAAUAUUAUAACGUUUUACGCACAAGAUAUUUUAGGUCAAAUAAUACCGAAUGACUAUGACCCGUUUAUUCUUAUGAUUGUUGCAGAUUGUAUAAGAUUUAUAGCUGCAAGUUCCAUAUUCUUUUUUGGAACACGAAUUCCUAGGAAAAUUGCAUUCUUUGUAUCCAAUUUUGGUGCUUGUACAUUACUGUAUUGUUUAUUGUUGUUCUUGUAUUUAAAUCCACCUAAUAUGAGGUGGGUUUCUCUUGUUUUGUUGAUAGCUUAUAUGACAUUUAGUAGUGCGAUUGUGACAUUAUCUUGGUCAUUUGUUGCUGAAUUAUAUCCAUCAAAAUUAAGAGGUGUUGGGUCAGGAGCUAGUUCGGCCGUGUCAUACUUUUUAUUGUUCAUUUCUGUUAAAAUAACUCCAGGUAUAGCUUCGACUCUUGGUGUUUUAGCUUUAUUCUGUAUAUUCGCUACGAUUACUGUUUUAAAUGGCGUAAUACUUAUUUUUCUACUGCCAGAGACUCAUGGACGAAGCUUACAAGAUAUUGAAGAUGGUUAUAAGAAAAGUACUGUUAGUAAUGUAGAAGUAUCAAAAUUAUAGAUAAAAUUGUAGGAUUCAAAUGUGUUUAUUCUAUAAUUAAUGUUUAUAAUGCUUUAAAUUACUAAUAGGUAUAAUAUUUACUUAGAAACUGAAUUGCAGUUCUUCCAUUAUUUAA